AGACGGAAUAAAGGCAGCCCGGUGUUUGGCUUUUGAACUGAGUUCAAGGCAAUUAAAGUCAUGGGCUAACGAGUAAAGGAGGAGUUUUAAAAAAAUACCAGCAUAAUAAGCAGUAUGACUGGAGUGCUCUGCAAAUUAACUCAAUUAGACAAAGCCUGACUUAACGGGGAAGACGGUGAGAAGGGUUCCCCUCAUUAAAUCUGGCUGUUAGAGGCGCUUCUAUAAAAUUAAAUUUGUUUGAGUUGUUUGGAUCCCAUAAAAUAGCCUGUGUGUGUGCAUGUAUACACGUGCACAUGCAUGGGUUCUGUGAUUUUGUGGGUAUUUUUUAAAGAGGAGCGGAACAGACCGCAAAACAAAAAUAUACAAAAACAAAACAAACAAACAAAACAAAACAAACAAACAAAAAAAAAACCUGAGUGAAUACUAAAGAGCUCAAGUGGAAGACAAGAAGAAAGCAGUAUAUAGGAGGAGAAAGUUCUCGGAUUAUAAAGCCAUGCGCUCUCUUUGGUGUGGGCUUCUGCUCAGUUGGCUGGGCUACGGAAUGCUGCCUGGAGCCUGGGCGCAGUUCCCCCGGGUCUGCAUGACGGUGGACAGCCUGAUGGCCAAGGAGUGCUGCCCGCCCCUGGGUGAGGAGCCGGCCAACAUCUGUGGCUCUCAAGAGGGCCGGGGCCAGUGCACGGAGGUGCAAGUCGACACCAGGCCCUGGAGUGGUCCUUAUGUCCUGAGAAACCAGGAUGACCGAGAACGGUGGCCACGGAAGUUCUUCAACCGGACCUGCAACUGCACAGGAAACUUUUUUGGAUUUAACUGUGGAGACUGCAAGUUUGGCUGGACUGGCCCCAACUGCGAUCAGAAGAAACCACCGGUUGUUCGAAAGAACAUUCAUUUUUUGACCCCUCAGGAGAGGGAGCAGUUCUUGGGUGCCUUAGACCUCGCGAAGAACACCACACACCCUGACUACGUGAUCACCACGCAACACUGGCUGGGCCUGCUUGGGCCCAACGGGACCCAGCCACAGAUCGCCAACUGCAGCAUUUAUGAUUUCUUUGUGUGGCUUCAUUAUUAUUCUGUUAGAGACACAUUAUUAGGGCCAGGCCGCCCCUACAAGGCCAUUGAUUUCUCACACCAAGGACCCGCCUUUGUCACCUGGCAUCGGUACCAUUUGUUGUGGCUGGAAAGAGAUCUCCAGCGACUUAUUGGCAAUGAGUCCUUUGCGUUGCCCUACUGGAACUUUGCCACUGGGAGGAAUGAGUGUGACGUGUGUACAGACCAACUGCUCGGGGGAGCAAGACAAGAUGAUCCAACACUGAUUAGUCAGAACUCAAGAUUCUCCAGCUGGGAAAUUGUCUGUGAUAGCUUAGAUGACUACAACCGCCGGGUCACCCUGUGCAAUGGAACCUAUGAAGGUUUGUUGAGAAGAAAUCAAGCGGGAAGAAAUGGUGAGAAAUUGCCAUCGUUGAAAGACAUAGAAAAUUGUCUGUCUCUCAAGAAGUUUGACAAUCCUCCUUUCUUCCAGAACUCUACUUUCAGCUUCAGGAAUGCCCUGGAGGGGUUUGAUAAAGCAGAUGGAUCCCUGGACUCCCAAGUGAUGAGUCUUCAUAAUUUGGUUCAUUCCUUCCUGAACGGGACAAAUGCUUUGCCACAUUCUGCAGCCAAUGAUCCCAUAUUUGUGGUUCUCCAUGCCUUUACUGAUGCCAUUUUUGAUGAGUGGAUGAGAAGAUUCAAUCCUUCCGCAGAUGCUUGGCCUCAGGAGCUGGCACCCAUUGGUCACAAUCGGAUGUACAACAUGGUUCCUUUCUUCCCUACGGUGACUAAUCAGGAAUGCUUUUUAACCGCAGACCAACUUGGCUAUAGCUAUGCCAUUGAUCUGCCAGAUGAAGAAAUUCCAAGUGGGUCCGCGACUCUCCCAGUGGUUAUGGGCAUGCUGGUGUUUUUGGUCGGUCUUUUUGCCUCGCUGGCUUUCCUUCAGUAUAGAAGACUUCGCAAAGGAUAUGCACCCUUAAUGGAGACACAUUUGAACAAUAAGAGAUACACAGAAGAUGCUUAGAAUGCUCAUGCAUUACCCUAGAAAAGAAGCCCGCUAUCCUGUUGCUGAGACCCUGAUAACAAACUAACCCUCACUGUUCUUCCUUUAGUCAAACAUCUUCGGCACAGCUCAUUGUGGUGAUGAUGAUCCCCAACACAGAAGAUGCUUAGCUGUAGUUUCUGGCUUGCUUUGCUGUGUAACAGCCUUAAGCAAAAGUGCUGAAGAUUUGUGCUUGCUCAUAAUAGUUCCUCAUAUUGAUUAAGCCUCCUCAGUGUUUUGAGAAUAUA